AUGUCGCAUGCAUUGGUCUAUGUGCUUUCGCUGGCAACAGCUGUGUUUGCUGGGCCAGUCGUGAGCCCUAAAGCGUUGAACUCCGACAUAACAAUUCUCAUUCAAAAUGACUUGACCGAAAGUUCCAGCCCUCUAGCAGGAUUGGGCGUCCUCGUGUUGGAUCCAAUGCCUCUGCAUUUGGCCAGAAAAAGCUGCGAGGACCUCGGGGAGUCGUUGUGGGAUUCAAAUACCGGCUUCGAUCGGAUCCAAAGCCAAUUGGAAUACAUGGUGUUGCAGAACACAUAUGGUCCCCAGCAGAGAUUCUGGGUCUCGUCAACUCAAUGUGCGCCACUGAGCAUCGACUCGAAAGGCUCUGUGAAAGAGGCGGAUGCGGAUCAGGACUUGCCUGCUCUGUGCACCCAGAGCGCACCAUUCUCUACCGUCAAUGUCACCGACACAUCCCCAAAUGGCAGGUCUCUCUAUCGAGACCGAAAGAGCUUUCGCUUCUUGGGGCUACGCUAUGCCGGGAAAACUAAGCGAUGGAAUUAUUCCAAGCUAUACAAAGGCAAACUCGGUCACGCAUCAGCGCUAGAGUACGGGUCAAGCUGUGCGCAAGGCACCGAAGGCUCUGAAGAUUGCUUCUUCCUCAACGUCUGGACCCCCUAUCUUCCGAAAUCAAGGGCCUAUUCUCGGGACCGUUUGAGGCCGAGGAGAUGUGUCGUCGUGGUGACUAUCAAUUAUCGCUUGGGAACGCUUGGUUUCCUGGCUUUGGAUGACGGUACCACGAAUGGUAACUACGGACUGGCGGACCAGAUCACUGCUCUGGAUUGGGUCCGACGCAACAUUAAAGACUUUGGUGGUGACCCCAACAAAAUUACAAUCUUUGGACAAUCAGCAGGGGCAGGUUCAGUCCGGGCCCUGCUGGCCUCCUCUGAAGCACGGGGCAAAUUCGCGGCUGCCAUCAUGGAGAGCAACCUGGGAGGACUGGCUUACGGAACCACGUACUCCAUGUACUACACCAUUGAGGAAGAAAUGGCAGUUGCCGGAAACGCGAUUUUGCGUGAGACGAAAUGUGCGAAUGCCACUUCCCACCUGGACUGCCUGCGUGAUAUCCCCGCCGUGAACAUCACCAGUCUCAACACCACUGCACGAUACCUGGUCGUCGAUGGGAAGUACCUGACAAGCACGGCACUUAAUUUGACGGAUAGUGCAUCCACAGCCAAGGUUCCCCUAAUGUUAGGAACAAUGCGAGACGACGGUGCCGCAUUCAUCGGAUAUCCAGAUCAAGGCGAUACCCUGGCCAAAUUCCUACGCAAGUCAGGUCUUCCAGCAGCGCUUGCUUCCGCAGACCAAAUCUUCCCACUCCCAUCCGGCUCCAACCAGACAUUGGACGUAUUCAACACAACCGCCCGAGUAGCAACAGAUGGUAUCUUCCGCUGUAUCGACCAAGCAACUGCCUUUGCAGGAUUCAAGAACCACAUCUUCCCAGAAGUUUACUACUACGAAUUCAACCGCAGUUAUCAAAUGCACGACUACUCACCGAAUCCUCCACUCUGCGAAGCGCCCAUCACUGCCGACCACCCUCACGGAGACCCGAAUCAGGAAUACUUCAAAUGUCAUUCCGGAGAGCUCUUCUACGUCUUUGGUAACCUGCGUCGCAUGGGAUACCCAUUGAGAGACGAGUACGAUCUACCAUUCGCCCAAUUCGUGCUGGACACUUGGGCGAGCUUCGCACGUACAUUCGAUCCUACCCCGGAUCUGAGCUUUACCAAGACAAGGGGGUAUCUCAAUACCACUCGGCAGAUUGAGGAGGCUGGGAAAUGGCUGCCGUUCAAACAUGAUGAUUAUCAGCUUCGUCGGUUGCAGUGGCCUUCGUCAAUGGUGAAAUUGGAUGAAAUUGAGCAGUGUCGGGCAUUGUCACUGCCGUUGGGUUAUUACGUAUAG